CACCCCCCCGUGCCCCUCGCCCCGCUCCCCCGGGGCCGCCAGCUGGGCUGGGGGAAGGGCCCGAGUCCCCGAUGACGUCAGAGGGUGCGGUGACCCCCGGGGGACACCUGGACCGGGGGGGGACACCCCAGGACAGAGCCGGCCAUGGGGGCACCGGGGUGACCCCCCCCGUGUGACAUGUGCCGCCGGUGUCACCUGGCUCCCCCGGUGUCACCUGUGUCGCGCAGGUCGCGUCCGCUCCCCGCCGUGUCCCCCGUGCCACCCCGGUCCUCCCUCAUGUCCCCCGUGUCCCCAAGGGCCCCCCGUGUCCCCCCCCGUGUCCCCCCCGCAGCGGGAGCGCGCGGGGCGGAUUGAUGGGUGCAAUUAAUUAAGCGCCAUUUCGUUAAUUGCGCGCGGCUGCCAGGGGGGGAUUGGGGACACGCGGGGGCGGGGGCAGCCCCCCCUUGGGGACACGGGACACGCGCGGGGACCCCACGGCGACAACGGGGACCCCACGGAGACCCCACAGAACCCCCGGGGACCCCAGAGAAUCCCCGGGGACCCCAGAGAAUCCCCGGGGACCCCGGAGAAUCCAUGGAGACCCCCCAGACCCCAGAGCGGCUCAGCGCACACGGAGCACCCACGACCCCCCCGGCACCCACGGGUGCCCCCCCGAGCUCCCAUCGUCCCGGUGUCCCUCCCGUGUCCCCCCCGUGUCCCCCCCGUGUCCCUCCCGUGUCCCCCCCGUGUCCCCCCGGGCUAUAAGAGGGGGCGCGGGGGCCGCUCCCCCCACCCGCGAUGGCGGCCCCGGGGGGGACGGAGCCCGAGCGCGCCGCGGAGGGGUCCCCGGCCGAGCGGGGCUCCCCGGAACAGGAGGGGUUCUUCUCGCUGCUGAGCUCCGUGCAGGGAACCCGCAUGGACGAACAGCGCUGCUCCCUGGGCGGGGGCGCGGGAGAAGGGGGCGGGGGCCCGCCGCCCCCCGAGCUGGCCUCGCUGAUGGACAUGGUGGCGAGCACGCAGGGCCGCAGGAUGGACGAGCAGCGGCUGCCCGUGCCCCGACUGCCCGGCUUCGGCACCGGGGGGGCGCAGGACUGAGCCCCCGGAGCCGCCGAGCCCCCCUCGCCUUCCCCCGGAGCCACCUCAGCCCUGUCCCCUCCCCUGGCUGUGUCCCCAAUAAACCCCGAGCACUUGGGGCCUGUGACACCC